GCCCACAAAGCUCGCAGCGUGAAGCCGUGCGCAGAUAAUCGUGUCUCCGACCGUGGCAGACUGAAUUCAAAAUAGCGCUGUUCUAUUGAAUGUCUGGAUCAGCCUGUGUCACUAUUUCAGAGACUAUAAGCUUCCGCUCGUUUACUCCCUCUCUUGGACUACGCGUGACAAAGGUUCUAAUGCCAGGAGUAAGUUUGGAAAAGAUUCCAUACCUUCACAUCACGAUCUGACUUGUACUCUUACCCGAAGCCUAGCGCGCGACUCAACAGAACAAAAGUAAAUGACCAUACAGCUUGGAGGCUUUCGUUACUCCACCAAUUUCUUGAUAGCCUGUCCAUGUAUACUAAAUCCUCAGACCUCUUCUCAAUCCUCCUCCUUCAUAGCUUCUCUUCCACUCCGCACUUUCUUUUGAUCAUUCGGCAAUCAAGAUGGGGGUCUUCAGCCUUAUUUUCCUUUUCCUUGCCCUCUACAAGUACGCCUGUGCCGAUGAUGGCUACCAUAAUCGAGCCAUGUGGUUCGUUGGCAACACCACUGUGCCUCCCCCGACUGAGAAUGAACCGGACAAAUCGGAAAAGGUCGGCACAACUGUCAUCAACGGUUGCAACUACCCCGUCUACAUCUGGGAAGCCUGGGAGUCCGAGUCCCACCAAACCUUCAAACGAUCUCUCCCCGCGCGCUCCAAGGAGACCUACAAAAUCAUUGACAACUAUCUCCUCCCGGGCAACAAGAUGUGCACUGACAACUGUGGCGUGACGUACAAGCUCUCCAAACCGGACGGCCUCGUCGGCGGCGUCGGCGGCAACCAGGUGCAGUUCGAGUACUCGACGCGCAAGGGGCUGUUCUACUAA